UUGGCUUUUCCUCUUCAUUAUUCAACCCACACCACACAAAACACAAUCCACCAUCCAACACUUCCAACGCCACUGCACUAUUUUAGUCUGCUUCAUUCUAGCUAGACACUUCUAUAACUACAGUACUACUACCAUUUCAAUUACAACAAUAACAACAACUAACAAACAAUGCCCGUCGCAUUUGCAUUGGGCGCCGCCAAGGCAGCGGAAGCGGCUGGAUCCGCCGGAGCCACCAUGGUGGGAUUGGGCAUGGGCAAGACGGAUUUGGAUUUGACCCGUGAUUUGUUCAAACUCCAAAUGCGACAAGCCAAACGCCUUUGGACGGCCGAUUGGGCCGAAGCAAGUGUACGACAUGGAGAAUCGUGUAUGCAGUCGGCCCAACAGCAUUCCGAAUCGCAAGCGGUUGCCAUGGCCACGUAUUUUCAAGCCGAACGAUUGACGACUCAAUCGAUCAAGUUGGCGCGAGAUCAAGAUUCCCGGGCAUACGAAUUAUCGUGGCGUGCCGAAGUCCGAGAAUCACUGAGGGACGAAUUGGCCAAUCAGAACAAUCGAUUCAAUAUUAUCAUGUUGUGCGAUACGGUCUGUCUCAGUUGUGUCUUUUCGUUGAUUGCCGAUGGCAGUCCACCUACAAGUACACCGUUGAUUAUGCUCAAUGUCUAUGUCUUUGGUGUGGGCUUGUCGUGUACCCUCUUUUCCAUUUCACUCUGGUGUUCGGUUAUUGUCGUGCGACGAUUGCACGAACACACGGCGUCGAUAUUAGAACGCAAACUAUUUUGUUUGAGUGACGAUUUACAAACGGCGUGGAAACUCCAAUUGGCACAAGGAUUGCCGACCGGCCCCAAUGAAAUGCUACUCGUCAAUCAAGCCUACGAACGAUGGGUGAAUGAGUACAUUGAUCCUUUGGGUAAACUCGCGAUUCAUCUCAUGUCCAUGGGCGUCGUGGCCAUGUUUGUCACGGCAGGAUUAUUGGUGCAUAAUCAAUACUUACUGGAGUAUGAGGCACCCAGUGCCAUUUUUAUUUUUUGGGCGACCGUCGUGGUGACUUCUGGCACGGUGCUAUUUAUGAAAUUUUCCGAAGAUUCCAUGGAGAAAAAGAAACAAGGCGUCUACGAUAUUUCCUGGCAAGAUGGACACAAUCUAGAGUCGGGUCCGUUUGCCAAGAUUAUUCGUGCGGCCGAAGAAUUGUUCAGUACCGCGGCACAACAAUUGGGAUCCACCGAGCGGAUGGAAUCACUAAACACGAGAGAACGGGCGGAACGCAAUUUCUGUGCCAAGACGAAAUCGUUGCAUCAUCGCGUCACAUCGCUGCGACACGAAGCGGAACGACGGUCUCAAACACGACAAGAAGUACUGCAGCUAUUGACGACGGCCGCCGAAGAAUUGGAUGCUCUGCCGGAGGAAUUGACAUCGAGACUCAACAAGAUAUUACACGACAUUGACGAAGCCGAUGCCCGGACGGCCAAUCUCGUCACGAUGCAAUCGGAACACAUUCGAGAAGCCAGUCAAAAAGAAUUUAGUCGGCUGCAACGCAGUCAUCCCCGUGCGACCAUGGCAACGGCACCGAUUGAUGCCCAGCGGAUACCGGUGGCACUGGGAUCGUUGCGCAAAAAGUUGGGAGAAAUGCCCUUGACGACAUUAUUGCGCGUCCGAAACUUGUCGGAUGAACCCCUGCGACUCAAAAGUGGAUUGCAGUUGAAAACGGGAAAGUACAUUCAGACACUCAAUGCCCAGGACAAACACGACAAUGCCGUCAACUAUUACUUUUAUCCCGUGUCGGAGAUUCCAUCGCGUGCCGAAGUGGUCAUUGUCGCGCGCAGUGGCGGGUCCAAUUGGAUUCCCACGUCGGGGAUUGAUGGAGAGAUUGUCUAUGAGAAUCGAGACGAGACGUGGUCGUUUCGGAUUGUGUUUCGGAAUGAACUGGUCAAGAAUAAGCGUCGAUGUCACGUCCAGGCAACUCAUGUCGGUGCCAGCAGUACUCACGAUGACGCAGAUGAUACUCAUGGUUCGUCGUCUGAAGACGAUGCGGCAGAACAAUACUGGCAAAUUCGACGGGAUGAAUUGGAUCGCAAAGCCAACAAUGAAGUCUUGGUGACCAUCGAUGGGUGGCGAGGCGGGGAUGCCCGAAAGGCGGCACACGACCAUCGACGAUCCAGUGUGUCACUCAAGAGUGGAUUUCUACUCAAAAAUCGACCCUUUGGAUUGCGGUUGCAUUGGCAGCAACGAUGGUUUGAGCUGACUCCGUUGGAGAUUUUGUAUUCCCAGGACAUGAAUAGCAAGCAAAGCAGUUCCAUUAAAAUCAAGGAUAUCACAAGUGUCCAGCCCGGCUUUGACCUGGUGCACAAGAAUGUGUUUGAGAUACACGUCAAUAAUCGCGAAGCUUACAAGCUUUCGGCCGGAACACUCCAAGAACGGGAUCAUUGGAUGCAGCAAAUCUUGGAGGUUGCUGGCCUCCAUGAUGAUGAUAUGGCAGACAUUGAAGCGAACGUGACAAGCGAAGAUUCCGCUGGAACUCCUAGUCAACAAGGUUUUGAGUGCUAUGUAAGUGACAGGGGAACGGAAUUUAUGCAGGUAUGAUGCACGUGAGGGCAAUAGUCCCCAGUCGUCUUUAGGAGAUGCACUGCAUUUCACAUCUCCGAACAAUGACACUGUACGCAGUCAACAACAAACAAACGAAGAACAAACAAAGAACGCUCAUCGAGAUGGCCAGGGAUGUUUCGACGGAGCAGUAGAGUUGGGCUUUUGCAAAGCAAUCAUCUGCUCACCCCCUCGAGAACUGUAGCUUGAUCAAGUAGAACAAAUUGUCUUUGCUGAUGCAUCCCUAUUCUGCCAGUUGCAUCAUGCCUGCAGUGAAGAUCGGAGAGAGAGAGAGAGAGAGAGUGGCAAGGCAGUGCAACCAAUACUAAAAUAAAACAGUAGGUAGCUAGUCACGAGUUUGUUGCUAUGUAUGCUGGGCAGCUGCUGGCUCUACCCACUGAAUUCAAUAGGAUGACUCAAAC